AUGCAACAGUCUUGCGUGGCGCAAAGUACGCUUCUCGUCUUGGUCCUGUCGGCAACAGCUGGUCUAGUUGCCGCGGACCCUAACGACUGGGUCAGCGUAAACUACGUACUUCAGCAGGCUAGUGCAGGGAACACCGGUGCAGCCAAGCAGAGUAUCAUCAACAAGGCCGGGUCUACGGCGAAAAGUGGACCAUGGAACAUCGUGACCAACAACAGCAUUGUGCCGCCGAGCGGGAAUAUACACGAUUACCUCAGUUGGGCGCCGUACCACUGGCCGAACUGCAACUGGUGCUCAAAGGGGACCAACCACCUCGGGGGUCCGAACCAGGGCGGCAAUAGCACUACUUCAGGCGGUGACGACGACGACCCUGGGGAUGUCAGUAAUGACCCUUACGAGAACGGCGGCGACGACUCGGCCUUGGACAUAUCUGCCUUGAACAACAUCGCGCUGCUACGUCGGCAGUCAUCUGGUCACAGCUUCUCGCAUCGACCUGCGCAUCGCCGGAUGAUGCGCCGGAAACGCGAUGACUCGCCCCGCGAGCCCCCACAAAGUGCGCCGGUUCGUCGGCAGGACAGCGAGAGCCCUUCGGCCACCAUCAACGGUCUUGGGGAUCUGCCCCUGCCAACGGACGGCCUGCCUCCGGUCCCGACAAUCCCUCCUAAUCCUAAUGGCCUCCCAACGGGUACGGCUACGAAGUCUUCUGUAAAGACCCUCAACGGUACCCCCGCGCCCGCUCAAGCCGCUGCGAAGACUACGCAAGCCAAGUGCACACCGUCCCCGACGAAGUCCCUGGCGCCUUCAGCGACCUGGACGACAUGUCCGUACGUAGUUCGUGACGGCCAGGUAAACCCAGACGUCCGAACGAUCCCCGACUCCCCAGCGGUCGUCGCGAUGACCCAGUCGGUGCUGUAUAACGGUGUUGCGUACGGCAUACAGAAGACGCGGGUAUACUCGCAGAACGUCGCCAAGUUCAUCGACGCGUGGUUUCUCACUCCCGCGACGGCGAUGAACCCGAACAUGAACUACGGCCAGCAAGUGCGCGGCCCCGGGAAGGACCAGCAAAUUGGAACGUUCACGGGCGUCCUCGAUCUGCGCGGCCUCGUGAAGGUGGUGAACGCCAUCCAGAUCUUGAAGGUCGCUGCGAGCCCUGACUGGACCGCUGCGAGGGACAAGGCGAUGACUGCUUGGAUGAAGAGCUACGUCUCGUGGCUCGAGAACAGCUCGCUCGGACAGCAGGUAGCGUCUAAGGGGAAUAACCACUACACCUUCUAUGUGAACCAGCUGGCGGCAGCCAAGAUGUACGUUGGCGACACGCAAGGCGCUCAAGGGGCACUCAAGAGCUACUUCACCGACCAGUUCUUGGACCAGAUAGCUGCGUCCGGCGAGCAGCCGUUCGAGGCGGUGCGUACUCGGCCGUACCACUACCGCUGCUUCAACCUGGAAGCCAUGAUCACCAAUGCGAAACUGGGUGACCAACUGGGCAUGAACUUCUGGACAGCCAAGUCCAAGUACGGGGCGACGAUCCAGACCGCACUUGACUAUGUCAUGGGUCUCGACCCGGACGACGAGGACAUCUCUGACGUCUUUCCGCACGUCGCGGCGGUCGCAGCUGCAUACGGCGACCCGAAGGGCAAGUACGCGGCCUUUCUCCAGAAGCAGGAGAGUGACUUUGCGAGCCAACCGUUCUGGUUCUACGACCAGAGCAGCGCGCUGUCCAACUCACCCGCCAGUGCGAAGGCGGCGAAGGUGAAGAAGCACCGCAGCGCCGCAAGAGACUUGCUCGCAGGAGGUGCUGCGAACGCUACACAAGCGCUGGCUGCGGACUUUGCUGGAGUCGCUCAGGGAGCGAUGGGACACGUCUUGGAUGAGGUUAGCUCGGAGCCUAUCCCAUUCGAGUGCCCGGGGGUGUUCCAGUUCGCGAAGGAGACGGAGCUCGAGGACGAUUUGUUCGUGACCUGCGAUGUGUUGGAGCCGUUUUACGAGAUACUGCUGUAUGGUCCAAGCCGGAAGUAG